GCCACGCCAAAUGCGGUAGCCCCGCCCGCAGCUCUGCUCGCCCCGCAGGGGAAAGGAGGGGAGUCCCCCCGCCCUGCGCCAGCGCUCCCUGGGCUCACACGGGGACCAGAGCGGGAGGCGGUGCGGGGCCGGGGAGCAUGGCUUGGGGCGAGCUCAGCCUCCUCCGCUGGCUCCGGGAGAGCCGCCAGUCCAGGAAACUCAUCCUCCUCAUCGUCUUCAUCGCCUUGCUGCUGGACAACAUGCUGCUGACGGUUGUCGUGCCAAUAAUUCCCAGUUACCUUUACAGCAUCAAACAUGAGAAAAAUGCCACACAAAUCCAGACUACUAAGCCCAACGUAGUCUCAACAACGAUGGACAAUUUUCAGAGCAUCUUCUCCUACUACGACAACUCCACGAUGGUUACUGGAAAUGAAUCUGAUAAGACAGGACCCAGAGAGCUGCAUCACACUCAGACAGAACAAAUGAUAGUAAAUGUGACUCCUUCCCCGUCUGAUUGCCCCAAGGAAGAUAAGGACCUGCUGAAUGAAAAUGUUCAAGUUGGUCUCUUGUUUGCUUCAAAAGCAACGGUGCAGCUAAUCACUAACCCCUUCAUAGGGCCACUGACAAACAGAAUAGGUUACCAGAUUCCACUGUUUGCUGGCUUCUGCAUCAUGUUUGUGUCAACAAUCAUGUUUGCUUUCUCUGGAAGCUACACUUUACUGUUUAUUGCCAGGUCCCUUCAAGGAGUGGGUUCCUCUUGCUCUUCAGUGGCAGGGAUGGGUAUGCUUGCCAGCGUGUAUACAGACGAUGAAGAGAGAGGCAACGCAAUGGGAAUUGCACUGGGAGGCCUUGCCAUGGGAGUAUUAGUUGGCCCACCUUUUGGGAGCGUCAUGUAUGAGUUUGUGGGGAAGAGUUCUCCUUUCCUGGUGCUGGCAGCACUAGCUCUGUUAGAUGGAGCUAUUCAAUUAUUUGUUCUGCAGCCAUCCAGAGCACAAGCAGAAAGUCAGAAGGGGACACCGUUGCUGACGCUUUUGAAGGACCCGUAUAUCAUCAUUGCAGCAGGAUCAAUCUGCUUUGCAAACAUGGCGAUCGCUAUGCUCGAACCAGCGUUACCCAUCUGGAUGAUGGAGACCAUGUGUUCAAAGAAAUGGCAACUUGGCGUUGCUUUUCUUCCAGCCAGUAUCUCUUAUCUCAUUGGGACUAAUCUUUUCGGGAUACUUGCACACAAAAUGGGAAGGUGGCUUUGUGCUUUACUUGGGAUGCUAAUUGUGGGAAUAAGUAUUUUGUGCGUACCCUUUGCUAAAAACAUUUAUGGGCUCAUAGCACCAAAUUUUGGAGUUGGAUUUGCCAUUGGAAUGGUGGACUCCUCCAUGAUGCCAAUUAUGGGCUACCUCGUGGAUCUGCGCCAUGUGUCGGUCUAUGGCAGCGUGUACGCAAUCGCUGAUGUUGCCUUUUGCAUGGGCUUCGCCAUAGGUCCCUCUGCUGGUGGUGCCAUUGCAAAGGCCAUUGGAUUUCCAUGGCUCAUGACAAUUAUAGGCAUUGUGGAUAUCCUCUUCGCUCCCCUGUGCUUUUUCCUUCGAAGUCCACCUGCCAAGGAGGAGAAAAUGGCAAUACUCAUGGAUCACAACUGCCCUGUUAAAACAAAAAUGUACACCCAGAACAACAUCCAGUCCUACCCCAUAGGUGAUGAAGAAGAAGAAUAUGAAAGUGAUGAAUAAUAUUAAAAGCCAUAUGACAUAUUUCGGUGUACAAAAUGCAGUGUUUCAUGUGAAACAGCUCAUCUAGAAAUAGGUUUCAGUUGUACUGUACAUUUAAUAGUGAAAUGGUCAAAAAAACCAAAGGUAUAUUAUUCAUCGCCCAUGAUUAUACAGCAGACUGCUAACCGCCUUACAAGGAGGGGAAAAGCUUUUAUAGAGGAUUUGUAUAGUGUUAAUCUUUAUUUUGUGUAUUUAAUUUUAUUGAAUAUUACACUAUAUUUUUGAUUAAAUGUGUAGCAUAAAUCUGUAUAAAUGUGAAUUUUAAAUAUUUGUUUUUUUAAAGUCAACUCAUUGACCCAAUAUUUCAUAU